CUCAGGGGGGAGUAUUCGCCGCUGCCCCUGCCUCUCAGUCUACUACUGCUACAAAGACUGUCAAAAGCUCGAUUGGCCCACGCAUCGUACCGAUCACAAAUCGGACACCUACGGAGUCCCUUGAAUGUGGCAUGGACUCGAAAAUUUCAGGCUCAAUAUCACCCCUGAGCGCGCACUUCCUGCGCCUCUGCGGAAAAGAGUACAUGCGCACGCAUCUCAGUGCAGUACUCGAUAGCAUUACCAAACUCUCGCGCACGUCGUCUUCCCCAGCCUGGAUAAUACAAGUCGUCAUUAGGUUCAGCGCGCUGGUGCCGUCGCACGCAGUGCGGGCUACGCCUGCGGACGCCAACGCGCAAGUAUCCCAAGUCUCGCGGCAGGCGCAGCAGGCGGGCAACCCGGAGGUGAUGGUGACGGCGCUGGUGGGAUUGUCGGAUCGGGCGAGCUCGGCUGUGUUGGUGGAUAGAGCGACACUGAAAGCUUUACAGUUGAAGGAUGGGCGUCUUGUUCAGGCGUGUGAUAUUCAGUAGAAUCAGAUGCGAGGGAGACACGCGUGAUAGUAUAGAGAAAGAGAAGCGUCAGGACCAGGAGUAGCGACGCAUAGUAAAGAAAGC